ACUCUAAACUCACAAUUAUAACGAUUUUAUCACAAAUACACAUGUAACGUUUACAAGCUGUUUUCCCAAAUGCACAUAGAUGCAAAUGACAAAGCAAAAUACAGUUUAAAUGGAUAUUGAUUGACUUGGACCAUCCGUACCAAAUGUGCACAGCGAUCACUGCAGAUUCCACUGGGAUUACUUAAAGUAUUGCUAUACAUUCAUUAAAUUGCUCCUGAACAGUCUGUUAUGGUUAUCGUUGACCAAACACGGUUUAAUUGCUCUCUCUCUUUUGUAACAGUGCCUGAAGCCUGUUUUGUGGCAAUGUUUCACGAGGGUUAUAAAGGACGAGCUGUGCGCACAGUGGAAUCUGUUAUGCCAGAUUAUUGAAACUGGUUAUUCUCUAGCGUUGACGCUGUAUGUUGUAUUGCAGUGAAGUGAUUUAAUAUGGACCGUUACGUGAGAAUCGGUAUGGUCAGAAUAUGCCUUCUCCUGUUUGUAUUUAUGGGCGUGAAAGCAGAUUCAGAAACAAGAGACUCUUUAAGUCAUUUGAGGAAGGAUCUUCUUGCACAACAAGAUAAUGCUGUUCCUCCGUUCAAAGGAAACUCGAAAUCAGUAGACGUUUCACUGUCCUUCACCCCAGUCACGAUCCUAGACUUGAACUCUGUCACCCAAGAGUUGACUGUGACUGGAUAUCUCAGGGUAAGAUGGCUUGACUCGAGACUCACUUGGAAUGUUCACAGUCAUUCAGAUGUCCGAUUGAUGGAGGUAAGAAGUGGCGACAUAUGGACACCCACUAUAUCUGUUGGCAACAGUGUAUCAGACAUGAAUCCAGUGGAAACAAAGAUACCUAUUCUUGUCAUGCAUUCCGGGUACGUGACAUGGCAAACUGUCGAUGUUUUCCGGACAGUGUGUAAGAUAGACGUUUCACGAUUUCCUUUCGACACUCAACACUGUCCCCUGCUCUUCACUCCUCCCUAUGGAUACACACUUAACAUUACAAUUGAUGACAACGAUAUUCCAGGAAAAAAUUUCUUGGGUGAAAAUGGUGAAUGGAAAACUCGAAGAGUUUCUGCGUACCUCUCAUUAAUAGAAACAUUUGAAAUUGCCGAAUACAUGUUCACAUUGGAAAGGAAAUAUGUUUACUAUCUCAUUAACUUUCUCUUCCCCAUGGGCCUCAUGUCCAUCCUUAACCCAUUCGUGUUUCUCAUCCCAGCUCGGUCUGGGGAGAAACUUGGCUUCUUGAUGGCUGUCUUUGUUUCUCAUACAAUGUUCCUGAGUCUGAUCCACGGCAACAUGCCGCCCACUUCGGACAGCACAUCCAGGCUCUCUCUGUACCUGUUGAUGAACGAGAUCCAAGGAUUCCUCACCAUCUUUGCUUCUAUCAUUGUGCUCGUGGUUCAUCACCAGAAAGAGGAGGCCCAGACCAACACAACAUCCUCGGACACAAAACCCUCUUAUGGAUCGUGCAAGGCCUGUUACUGGGAACGUUUACUUGACUGUGUAUUUUUUGUUGUAUCUCUGACAAUAGCUGGUAGCAGCAUCUUGAUCUUGUUCAUUUAGAGGAUGAAAAGAAUGAGGAACGGAAAGCGCAUCAUGAGUUUUUAGAUGUAAACUUACUGCUAUCAAAUCUACAGGUAACCUAGUUUUUACAUUAACGACACGGUAAAUGUAAAUGUUUAUCUCAGUUCUAUCCUAAAAACACGAAACGCUGGUUGGUGUUUGAGAAGAUAUUGAGUGAAGUGGUUUUGGUUGACCCCAAAGCUUUUGAGUGCACUGUCGAUCUGAAUUAACUAAGCACCGAUUAUAUGCCCGUAAACAAAGGAUAGUGAUGUAUAUGCUUACAUGUUGUUUUUACAUAUACAGUAAACUACGGUUAUAACGACCACGCUUAUAACUAACUGACGGAUAUAACAAACUUACUUUUUUGGUCCCGACUAUUUGCUGUAGUUAUGCUAUAUAUAUGCUUAUAACGAACUACGGUUUUAAACGAACUAAAAUUAGUAGUCCCUUUGAGUUCGUUAUAACCGUAGUUUACUGUAGAUUCUUUGCCCGCGUAGAUGCUAAUCUUUGACAGUGUGUAUCCCAGCUACUUCGUAAGUCAAGUGUGUAUCAUUAAAAAUUAUUCAAGCCUUGCAAUUUUGUCUCUAUUAUUUGAAAUACCUUCUCUCAGUGGAUUUCUAUCAUGUCUUCUGCCAAAAAGCAUUGCCAUACAUUCUUUGAAUAUUGUAGCAACCGCAACUCUGCAUUUUGUAGAUUUCAUGAUUCCAAAAUAUGUACCGACAAUGACUGAGUGAAAAAGACGUACUUUUUUCAUGAUACACUACACUUAUUUUGAUAAUGAGAUAUGUCACGUUAAUUAAAGAUACACUUAAUAUAUAAGAAUCAGUUAUUUGCAUUAAUUAUCGAAAGAUAAAACAAUAUCCCUAUCAAAAGAGGAGUAGCAUAUUAACAUUCGUGGAGAAGCGGCCGUCAAAUCAGAGAUGGCUUUUGUGAUUUGAAACCAGAGUAUUUUCCAAAUUCAUGGUGAAAAAUAGUUCCUGGAACAAGCUUAUUCAAGUAACUUACUUCUGUAUGACU